ACUUACGAGAGUCUGCAUCCGACCAUGCCUACUUCCGAACAUCGGGCCAAUCCUUGCGAGUUUUCCGAUUGAGCUCGGCCAACGAUGAGUAUCGCUCGCAUUUCACCGGCGAAUCCUGCUCAGCCAAGAGAUUGGCGUUGGUUUGCUACAUCUGCGAAGGCUCUGCCUCAGCUUGAUCAAUUUCGCGUGGACGCCGAAAACCAAGUUUGCUCCUUUCGAUUGAGUGCUCGCAGUUCCUGAUUCGUCAUCCAUUCUUGGUGGAGUCCUCGCUCCUUCGACUCCGACGAUGAAAUCCCCAUUUCGUCGAUUCUCGACCCUCUUCAGUUCCUCCCCUGAAAAGCCCCUCCCCAUAAACCCCAGCCCCCGUCGGGACCCCAUUCCGGUGCCCCACAGGACGAUCCCCGAACCCAGAGGACGGGACCUCGAUUUCGUCAAUGUCGCUCACAGCCACCUCUUGCACUCCGACUGGGGCAAGCUCGAUCUGCUGAGCUCUGGGUUGACUCCUCUCCGGACGAGCCACAUCUUGCUCAAGAUCCAAAAGGACCACGUCCUGUCGCUCGAGUUCUUCAACUGGGUCAAGCUCCGAAGCCCGAGCGCCCACACCCUCGAGACCCACUCCAUCGCGCUUCACAUUCUCACGAAAAACCGGAAAUUUAAGUCCGCGGAGUCGAUCGUUCGAGGUCUCGUGGCAGCGAGUGGCCCGGUUGAUCUUGCCCGCCAGCUGUUUGAUGCGGUGCUCUACUCUUACCGGGCGUGUGAUUCUUCGCCUCGGGUUUUCGACUCGCUGUUCAAGACCUUUGCGCAUCUAAAGAAGUUUCGGAGUGCCACGGAGACUUUUUGCAUGAUGAAGGAGUACGGGUUCUUGCCCACGGUGGAGUCCUGCAAUGCCUACCUGAGUGCAUUGCUUAGCAUGAACAGGGUCGAUGUAGUUUUCUCGUUCCAUCGGGAAAUGCGGCGUCGCAGGAUUGUUCCAAAUGUUUUCACCCUUAACAUGGUCUUGUCUGCUUUUUGCAAGGCGGGAGAGCUCGAGAAGGCGGUCGAUUUGUUUCGUGAGAUGGAGAGUAAGGGUUGUUGUCCGACGGUGGCAUCUUACAACACGUUGAUCACAGGGCAUUGCAGUAAGGGUCUUCUCAGCUCGGCCAUGGAGCUUAAAGAGAGGAUGCAGAAGAAUGGUAUUCAUCCUAGUGUGAUUACUUUCAAUGCCCUUAUCAGUGGCUUUUGCAAGGAAGGGAAGUUGCAGGGAGCGAACAAGAUUUUCAGCGACAUGAAAGCUUCGAAUGUGGCUCCCGAUACCGUGACUUACAAUACUCUGAUACACGGAUACAGUGAAGCGGGCGACAGUGAAAUGGGGGGUAGGCUUUUCGAAGAAAUGCCGAAGUAUGGAGUGAGGGCGGAUAUAUUGACAUAUAAUGCAUUGAUAUUGGGACUCUGCAAGAAUGGUAAGACAAAGAAAGCUGCUUAUCUGGUUAAAGAUCUUGAUGGCAAGGGUUUGGUUCCGAACAAUUCGACCUUUUCGGCUCUCAUUAGAGGGCAGUGCAUCAGGAACAACCCCGACGGCGCAUUUCAGCUGUAUAAAAGCAUGAUCAGGAGCGGGCGCCAUCCAAAUAGCGAAACCCUCACUAUGUUGAUGUGUGCUUUUGCGAAAUGCGAUGAUCUCGAUGGAGCAGUCCAGGUCCUCGCGGAAAUGGUCAAUAGGUCGAUGCUUCCCGAUUCGGAUAUGUUGUCCGAGGUCUGCCAUGAACUUCACCAUUGUGGGAAAGAUCAGGUGGCAAUGAAACUGUGCAGUGAGUUGCAAGCUAGAACUCUAAUUCCGGUGGGUUUUGAUAAAGGGCUUUAGAACUGAGUGCCGAAAACUUGACAGCA